GUCACACCGUGGCCGCGGCGGCCCUCGGCGCCCGUGACAGCGGCGCCGCGGUGUUCACGACCCGGGCUCUGGGCCACUGCCGGGCUCCGCGGUCCCUUCCCUGUCCCCCGGCGGCGGGAUGGGCGGCGAGGCGGGGUCCACGGCGGCCGCGGGUCUCGAGGGCCGCGUGAAGAGCCUGGGUCUUGUGUUCGAGGACGAGCGCAAGGGCUGCUACGCCGGCGGCGAGACGGUGGCCGGGCACGUGCUGCUGGAGGCGGCGGAGCCGGUGGCCGUCCGCGCGCUGCGCCUGGAGGCCCGGGGCCGAGCCACCGCCGCCUGGGGCCCGGGCUCCGCCGUCGGCGCAAUCCCGGCCGCCGCCUCGGAGGUGGAGUACCUGGACGUGCGCCUGAGCCUGCGCGAGCCCCCGGCGGGUGAAGGCAUCAUUUUAUUACAGCCUGGGAAGCAUGAAUUUCCAUUUCGCUUCCAGCUUCCAUCUGAAUCAUUGGUCACGUCGUUUACUGGGAAGUACGGGAGUAUCCGGUACUGCGUGACUGCAGUCUUGGAAAGACCCCGGGUGCCAGACCAGAGCGUGAGGCGUGAGCUCCACGUUGUCAGUCACGUUAACGUCAACACGCCAGCUUUGUUGACCCCCGUAUUGAAAACUCAAGAGAAAAUGGUUGGCUGUUGGUUUUUCACCUCUGGUCCAGUCUCGCUAAGUGCCAAAAUUGAAAGGAAGGGAUACUGCAACGGAGAGGCGAUCCCCAUCUACGCGGAAAUCGAGAACUGCUCCUCGCGUCUCGUUGUCCCCAAGGCAGCUAUUUUCCAAACCCAGACCUACUUGGCGAGUGGGAAAACGAAGACCGUGCGCCACAUGGUGGCCAACGUGCGAGGAAACCACAUUGCCUCGGGGAGCAUGGACACGUGGAACGGGAAGACCCUGAAGAUCCCGCCCGUCACGCCCUCCAUCCUGGACUGCUGCAUCAUCCGCGUGGACUACUCCUUAGCUGUAUACAUUCACAUCCCUGGUGCUAAAAAGCUGAUGCUCGAGCUGCCGCUGGUGAUCGGUACAAUCCCCUACAGCGGCUUCGGCAGCAGGAACUCCAGCGUGGCCAGCCAGUUCAGUAUGGACAUGAGCUGGCUGACCCUCACCCUGCCCGAGCAGCCCGAAGCCCCGCCCAAUUACGCAGACGUGGUAUCAGAGGAGGAAUUCUCCAGACACGUUCCCCCGUACCCGCAGCCCCCCGACUGCCAGGGGGAUGCCUGCUACCCGAGGUUUGCCUGCAUUCAAGAGUUCCGCUUCCAGCCUCCACCUCUCUAUUCGGAGGUCGACCCACACCCAAGCGAGGCAGAGGAGAGUCAGCCUGUUUCCUUCAUUCUCUAGACCUCCUCCAGGCCUCCCCUCAGCCCUCGCCAAGACUGUCCCCCGCCUCUCUCUUUGCUGUGCAGGAGGCCAAGGAGGGAAGGCCAACUUAAGAAUAUAAAAGAUCACCAAGGAGGAAGGCAAUAGAAGUUAAAGACUACGAGAACUUUCUAGUGGGCCCAUAGAAGGGGUCUGCACACGUGUAGAGGAUGGUGCUGUGGCUCCCAUUCGGGAAUGAAGAGUCAGAGAAGGUUCUGGAAGUGUUGGUGGUGAUAGAGCAGGUGGAGGAGGGAAUCUGUAAGGAGUGGACGCGCCUUCACCGGGGUGUCUCACAGCGGACCGGACGUGCGGUGUGAGCCGCGUGACACGUGGCAGGCUGGGGCUCCGCUCCGCUGGGGGUGAGUGUGAAUUAAUGCGUGAAUGAGAAGGUGACCCACCGUCAAUACAAAGUGAGACCCUCACGUUGCCAGCGCUUCCUGACUCCUUACCACGGCUCGUGAACUCGAGCGAGGACCGAACUUCCCACAAUGUUCUUUCUUGACACCAUAACGGUUCUCACUCCCGGAGAGAGAGGUUGACAGUGCCCUUUACAAAUUGGCUCAACAGUAUUAAGAAACCCAGACAGGGUUCCUCGGGAGGCCCGCCGCUUCAAAUCCCAAAGAUGGAUUUCAGCCAGGCGCCGGUGGUUCAAGCAGCUCUCAGGAGGCUGAGGAUCAGUCAGGGUUUUCGAAGCCUGCCCUGGUAGGGAAGUCUGUGAGACUCUUAUCUCUAGUUAUCCACCAAAAUGCUCAAGUGGUAGAGCACCAGACUUGAGGGAAAAGAGCUAAGGGACUACACCCAAGGCCCUAAGUUCAAUCCUUGCUACCGGAACAAAAGAGUAACAAGAAAGUGUGUUCUGAGGAAGGCUGCCAGUUUGUUUCUUUUUUUUUUUUAAUCACCUUUAGAAAUUUCCACCCGGUUAUAUGCUUGAUUUCCCUCAUCUUUUAUUUACCUAAGGGAACUUGUUUUUUUUGGGGGGGGGACAGGGGGGACAAAAGGUAAUAGCCUCAGGAUGCCUUGAUAACUGUACACAUACACACAAAGAAAAAAGAAAAAACUCUUCUUCACCUACCUCUAGUGGGGUUAUCAGAUGUGUUCUUAAAGCUGGGCUUGAUGAGCCUUUUUUUGCAGUUUCUGUGAUUUACAGUAGCAGAUUCCUCUCACCUGUCACUAAACCUGAAAUUACACCCAGGUGAAAAACCCAAAUCUCGCAUCCAGUGGAAGGAGAAUAACGUGUGAAUCGCUAGGGGUAUUUGAGGAUGAUUGCAAAAACUCAGAAGAGGGUAGGAAUGGCAUUUUUGAAACUUAAUUCCUGCCGCGAGGGGAAUUAAGGAGACCAAUGGCACUUGGUGACUUGCACUUUGCUACUCCAGGCCUCUAGCAAGUCCUAUUUAAGCUGUGAUUUAUUUAUUAUUGUUGUUUUGGUGCAAUAUUUUGUUGUCAUCAAACCUCAGGAUCUUCAACUGGAUUGUGUCGCUACUGGAAGGUUCCACAGUGCUUUAACUGUCCACCCACCCACUCCCUGCUCACGACCACGGGCUCGCUUGCUUUUCCCUGGUCUCUUGGGUCCAGACAUUCAAGUGCAGGGAGAUCAGCGAUCCCCACGGUAGAGAUUUUGGGAUCAGCCAGAUCCUAAGGGUUUCUUCUAAAACCCUGGUGCUGCCCAUUCAGAAUAUUGUAACUCACUCCUCAGAGUGACUCACUUCCAAUUAGUAUGCUCCCUUAGGAAGAACUUCUCCCACAGUUAAAUUUUGUAUUUCAAACUCAGUUGGCCAACAAUCAGGGAAAUUUUAUUUUUUACACUCAUUAGAUAAAAUGUGUAUGUUUCCUUCUCUGAAUGUAAUUCUCAGCUCUGAAGUUGCCAUGUAAAAGAUCACAAUGCCAAACUUGUCAAUACUGACGAUGGUACUGGAAUUGCCCCACAACUUCAUUCCUUGAUUUUUUUUCUAUUUUGUUACUCUGUGUGUGUGUGUGUGUGUGUGUGUGUGUGUGUGUGUGUGUGUGUUUGUCUUUAAGCAGGUAUGUGUAUUUAAGUGCUUUCUAAACAGUUUUAUUUUUACUGUAGGGAAGACCUUCAGCAGUUUAUUGAUUUGUCGGGCUGUAGUUUAUGCACGGUGUCAAAAGUGUCUUUUUCUAGGAAACCCAAAACAAAGGGAAAAGCACAACUGGUGUGUGAACAGAGAACAUUUAUAUAUCUGGCUCCCUGUAGAAAAGCCACAGUUGGGUAGGGCCCUUCUUUUGGCUUGCUUUGAUCCCUUGGGGAGACAAGUCACAAAAUCCUCCACUUGAAGCAAAGCUAACUUUGCAGCCUUUCCAGGGAACAGCUCACAAGCAUGGCCAUAGUGAUCGCAUGGGAAGCAUCUUAAAUGGAAUACUUUAAUCAAGUUAUUUGGUGAAUGCAGAAAACUACAUUUUGGGAACAGAGCAAACCUAUGAAUGAAGAUAAAAAUUUAGGCUUUUUUUUGUUUUGUUUUGCUUGCUUCAUCCCCUCUUGGUUUAGUUUGGAUUAAAAAAAAUUUAAGUGACCUUGGAAUUUUCUUUUCAAUGCAAAAAGUUUGCCACUGAAAGUGUGCAGUUUUGUUUUGUUUUGUUGGGCACAAAAGCUAUUUCCUUCCUUGGGUAAAAUUUUAUUUUGCACAAUAAGUGACUUAGUAGACAGGGUUAGGUUUUUGAUAAGUUAGAACCAUGAAAACUUUUUUU